AUGGCUUAUAACCAGAUCCCAUCCUUUGUUCUACUAACGUUGUUGGUUAAUGCUUUGUUAUCAUUGAGUGGGCAUACGUUCUCAGCAGAGGCACGGAAUCUGCAAGAAACAACAUUAUCCAAGCCCGAGCUUCCGAAGCCUGAAUUGCCUACGUUGCCCAAGCCCGAGCUGCCACCGUUACCCGAGAUCCCAACCUUGCCAAAACCUGAUUUCCCAACUCUGCCAGAACCAGAAGUGCCUAAAAUGCCCGAACUGCCUCCCCUGCCACAUAUCCCUGACUUGCCUCAACCCACAUUGCCUACCAUCCAUAGCCUGCCCAAGGACCUUCCCAUCCCCUUCUUUUCUCCACCUCACUCCACCACUAGCCCUUGA